AUAAUAUUUUUCGUAUUUUAUAUAGCACCGUACAUUCACGUAUGCGGUCUAAGGAAUCCAAAGGUACAGGAAUGUUACAUGAACAGCAUAAUUGCACUUCGUGAAAAGCUAUCAGAAGGGAUACCAGAAUUAAAUGUCCCACCGACUAAAGCUUUGGUAUUCAAUAACAUCUCGUUUAUAAAUCAAACUGAUUUGUAUAUAAAUUCGAAAAAAGUGAUUAUUUAUGGGGUAGAAAAUUUCAUGGUAAAAGAAUUUAACAUCGAUUUAAAGAAUCAACGUUUGUAUACCAUUUUCGAAUAUAAUUUUUUAAAACUCGACGCUGAAUGUGAUUUUAACAUUAAAAUUUUAAUACCCAUUAAUGGAAAGGAACAAAUUAUCGUGACCACAUUCAAGAGACAGUUUAUUGGUGUACGAGGAUGGUAUCGUCUAAUGUUAAACAUUUGCAAAAAAAAGAAAAAAAAAGGAAAAGAAAAGAAAAGAAAAAUACGAAUAAACAAAAAAAGGAAUUAUUUUGCAGAUAACGUUACACUAACCAUAAAUUUACAUUUCGAAAUUAUGAAGAAGGAUGAUAAAAAGUUUAUAUACUUUGAUUCGUUAAAUGCUAAAAUCAACAUAGCGGACCUAGAUACAAAUAUUAAAAAGACAGCUGCAAACAAGAACUCCGUCAUAGGAAUCGCAAUCAACGCGAUUCUGGGAACCAACAAAGCUGAUAUUAUUCGCGUUAUUGUACCGAACAUUGAGAAGGGUAUCUCAGAUAAUCUAUUCAAUAUCGCCAACAAUAUAGUUAGAAAUUUCGAAUAUGACGAACUUUUCCCUGAUCAAGAAUAAAUUUACGAUUUUUCUAUUUAUCCCUUGUGAUCUUUCAUUUGUUUUUUUUUUUUUUGGUUUAUACUAAUCGACUCGUCUCUUUAUUUAUCUUAUUCGAUUAUUUUGUUAAUAUAUUAAAAUAAUGACAAAAAAAAAAAGAAAAACCGUCGAGGAGGAAGGCGUGUUGGUUUUUUUAAUUUGAUCAAAAAUAAAAAGAACAUUGUUUUGUAUUCUGACCUUUUUUUGUGUCGCCUAUUUAUUAUACUAUACCUUUCCUUGAAUUUGUUUUUUUUUUUUACCAUAUUGCUUUCUUGAUCGCAGUGCGAUUUAUAUUUUUAAAAUAGAUAAAAAAAAGAAAGGAAAAUAAUGGGAAGAAAUAAUAAUUGAAAAUAAAGAUAAAACAGGACACAUGACGGUACAACGUUCACUAACGUAUAAACUAUUAAUUAGAAACGGCUAAAGCAUUAAUGCAAUAGUAUGGAUAAUGCAUCGUAAUUGUUAAGACCUUGGUUUUAUCGUUAACGAGAAGAGUUAUUUAUGCGUGCAUUACAAAAAAAAUAAA